AUGCCGCCUGUGCGACCUCACGUCUCCAUCACCCUUCCCCGAAACUUCACCUUCCACUAUGCGGACGGCCAAGCUCCUCGCACGCCUGAGCCAGAGCCCAAAGAAGAAGACAUAGGGCCGCCAGCACCUCCUCGACAGACGUUUCGACUACGGCGCAAACGGGCCGCUAUACCGACACCCGACACUCUCGACUCUGCCCCCCGCGAGCAUUCCAUCCCUACGAUCGAGACGCCGGAUCCCGCCUCUCAAGAGUAUCUACCUCUGCCUGAAUUCAAUUCGGGCAUGUCAAUAGAGUGCCUUGCGCCAGUGACGCCAUUGAAUCGCCCCAUUUCUCCGCCGAAGACUCCUGUCGGACAGAUUGCUGAAUACGCCGGAGCCCGUGCGGCGAACGACGACUGGCACAUGACUGACGAGAGCUUUCCCGGAGAGAGCAUCAGUCGUCCGUCAUCCGCUUAUUCCAGCAUAUCCAACUCUUCCAUGUCGUCCCGUGGUAGCGCGGACUCUUUUCACUCACGUGGCGGUAGCUGCACAAGCCCCGACAGUGAUACCGCUGAUCCGUUCAUGUUCCCUACAUUCAAGUCUAGCACCGCUAUGGUCACGUCGCCACUGGACCAAUCCUUUGACCAGCGACCGAUGAAACGGUUGAGAAUACGGAGAACUGCAAGUUGGACAGAAGAGAUGGAUAACCAUCUCUGGAUCAUCUAUCUGAAGUAUCUGCAGGAUCCCACUGUCACGCCUUUCAAGAUGCUGCCUGGAACUGCACCGCCUCUUGGUGUUUGCCAUCGCGUCGCUCGCGAAGCCAAACGCAGCUGGAAAGGUCCCAAGCAUGUUGUGUCGUUGCGAAACGCUUCAUGUCUUCACCCUCGACGGACGCAACGCGCAGGCUCACCUGAUACUCUCAGAGCGCCGAAGAGCGGAAGCAACACGCCCACCAGAGCGCAGAUCGCCGGGCCGUAUGCACAAUGGCCUCGUUCAGAGUCGGCAACCCGACGACGGCUGAGGCAUCUCUGCAAGCGUACGCCAACGCUGUCAGCGCACUAUCAACGCUUGCUGCAUGGAAGGUCUCCAUCACCUUUCUCGUCCUCCUCUCCACACUCGAAGUCGGAUCCAAAGGAAGAACCUGUGAUCCCUACGUCACCAAGCACGGCCUCAGAGCCACAGUCUGCAUUCGCACGAGAUAUGCAUAUCUCAUUGGCCACCAGCACUGCAGCGUCCAUGCAGCCUGGCGGCCCUCUCUCUCAGCUUGCGAGUGACAUCACGCCCCGUCCAGCGCGCAGCCGGUGGGCUACUGAGCCCCGUAGUCGUUUAGCUGCGCACCAGAAAGGGCAGUCACUCCAGCUCGAAUUUGGGUUCGAUGGAAACCAGGUGCAGCGACAGUCACGCACCCUUGGCUCCGCAUUCAGUGCAGCUCCGCGCCGUCCCCCAAUCAAUACCAGCUUCUUUCAACCGCAGACGCAGCCGGAACAGAGCGAACUCCCAGCAUCUAGACUGGAGUCACCGUUGCAGCUGCACGCGCCGGCGCCGUUGCCGAGAUCGUUCAAGCGCCGCGCUCAUCACCAAUUGGAGGAAUUGCUGAACCCGUCGAGCCCUACACAUCGACGCUCCGGUCUGCUUGAAGAGCUGUUUGGCCCGCCUGCUGAAAUCAGCCACCGUCGGGUACGAAGUCGCGGCUUCAGCUUUGGCGAUGCAGGUGACGGUACCUCGGGUGCUCAGCGUCUGUCGGCUCUAUUUGAGCCCCCUACAGAGAGUCAUUCCGCAGCCCUCAGUGCGUCGAACCCGGGGCCCUCGGGAGAUACCUUGAUGCUCCCUUCGCCGGCGGACCACAUCCGACGUCUCGCUUCUCCAUUCGAGGAGCGAUCUCACCCUGCUACCCAGUUCAAUACCUUCCCUCGCAACUUUUCACACUCGACCAGCUACGACCCGACUGCGUCCUUCAACAGCGCCUUCAGCCAGCUCGCCUCCAGUGAUCCAUUCACGAGUCCCAUGCAAGGCUGA